AUAGAUGAAACGAUAUAAACUAACAUCAAUGGGGGUGGUCGGCGGCGGCGGCGACGGUGGCCCCACGGAGCAGCGUCUGCCGGGUCGGGGUCGAGGUCGAACUCAAACUCGCAUUGUGCAAAAGCAAUAUACGGAUGCCAUCGCCGCCACAAAUCAAUUCCUCAAAUAUCCGAUUCGCAUCGGCCCCACCGAUGCUCCCCAACCUCACUGUUGUCUUUGUUCAUCAAUGGAGUUAUCAGAGGAAGAAGAAGAAGGGCGCAAUUGAAUGAAUCUAUCGCUCCAUACAUUCCGUGUCCACCACGCCUACUGUCACUGUCACUGUCACUGACACUCACACCGCCGACAUUCAGAGCAACCUCCGGAGCACCGCCUUAAAAAUAUCUAUAUAUAUGUCGACUGCCGACCGUCGUGUUCCCUACCGAAAUAUCAGAGACCAUGGAUUUUAAUGGCGGUGGUGGUAGUGGAACUGAUGAAAUUGAAAACCAGAGGCAGUUUUAUCAACCAGGAAGUAAAACCACACCAAUCAAUACGAUGACGUUUUCCCCCAAUUCCAGUUCCAAUUCCAAGCGCCAAACCCUAACUUCUCCAUCCCAUCCCCAAUUCGAAUUCAAAUCUCCGGCGGCGGAUUCGCCACAGCCAUUGGAGUCCUUACACGCAGCUCCGAUCCCACCGUUCCUCUCCAAAACAUACGAUUUGGUGGACGAUCCUGCGCUGGACGCCAUUAUCUCGUGGGGAGAGAAGGGGAACACCUUCGUCGUCUCGAAGCCUCUCGACUUCGCCAGGCUGGUUUUGCCGCGGAAUUUCAAGCACAGCAACUUCUCCAGCUUCGUUCGUCAGCUCAACACAUACGUGGGUAUCAUCGAUCCUGUCUGUCUCUCAAUCCAUUUCUACUCUCUGUAUAUCAUCAUCAUCUUCAUUUUUUCCUUCUUCUGCAACUGUAUAUAUAUAUAUAUAGCUAGGUUACUGUACUCUUCGAGCAUCUUCCUGUAUCGCCAUUGUAAUACUCUUUACAGAGGUUUUGUACAGAAAUUAAUUUGGAUCAUUGUGAUCUUACUUUGUAUAUUCUUUGUAACUAUAAACUUACACGAUCGAUGGAACAUCAUCCUGAUGGAAUUGGGAAUUGCAUUCGUCAAACAAGGCUUUCACAAGAUCGGGACAGACAAAUGGGAGUUCAAAAACGAGGGGUUUGCGAAAGGGCAGAGGCAUCUGCUGAGAAUGAUUCAACGGCGCAGAUCGCAUCAGAUUGUGAGAUCGGAUGAUGCGCUUGAAGGCAAAGUCGAAAGCUUGAGGAAAGAGCGGCGGAUGAUGAUGGAGGAGCUGGUUCAGCUGCAGCAGGAGCAGCGCGGGACGGUGCAGCACGUGGAAGCUGUGAAGGAGAAGCUCAUCGCAGCCGAGAAGCGACAAAAGCAAAUGGUUUCGUUCUUGGCGAACAUGCUGCAAAAGCCCGCAAUUUUAUCCUGUCUGAGGGAAGCAAGGAAGCAGAAGACGAUUAGUUCGACUGGAUCGCCGCAUAAGUAUGUAAAGCUUCAGCCAGACGAACCUGUGCCAUCUCGGGUUGAAGGUACCGGGCAAUGCUCGACCAACGCAACGGGAGCUCAACCGAGGGAUGCAGCAGACGUAUGGGGUAUGGAAUACGACGCCACCGGCACCGAUAUCAAUGAUUCAUGGGAUGCUCUCGGCGAAGGUGCCGGUGAUGGAUUAACAGAUAUUUGGGGAAUUGAUAUUGGGUUCAGAAACUGGCGAGACGAAGACUGAGAACGAAGGUAGAUACCAUGCACUGUGUAGACAGAUGAUCCUAUAGUAUAGAAGUUCGGAUAUGUCAAUAGAUUCCUGUAGUAUACUACGCUAAAACUACUUCUGUUUAAUAGUAGAUUUUCACGGACUAUCUUUA